AUGACUGAAGCGAUCACGAAUGGUAGCGCGCCAAAAAAGCAGCUAAUUCUGAAUGCUUUCGUAGAGUCAUGCAGCGGACAUCAAUCUCCUGGCCUCUGGAGGCACCCAGAUGAUCAGUCUUCGGGGUUCAAUAAGAUUCAACAUUGGGUCAAGCUGGCUCAACUGCUUGAGAAGGGCAAAUUUCAUGGCAUCUUCAUCGCUGAUGUUCUGGGCCCUUAUGAUGUCUACAAAGGACCCAAGAAUCCUAACCCAGCAAUCAUCUCUGGUGCCCAAUGGCCCGUCAAUGAGCCGUUAGCGACCGUGCCUGCAAUGGCAGCCGCGACAGAAAAUAUCGGCUUCGGCGUCACAGUUGCAACUACUUACGAGCAGCCUUAUCAUCUUGCUAGACGCCUGAGUACAGUUGACCACUUGUCUGGUGGUCGUGUGGGUUGGAACGUCGUCACUGGCUAUCUUGAUUCGGCAGCCAGAAACCUUGGUCGCACCGAACAACCCGAACACGAUGACCGCUAUGCGAUGGCCGAAGAAUACAUCGAAGUGAUGUACAAAUUAUGGCAAUCAUCCUGGAGAGACGAUGCAGUCAAGCUCGACCGUGAAAAGAUCAUCUACACUGACCCAGCUCUGGUCAGAACGAUCGACCACGUAGGCAAAUAUUACAAUGUUCCUGGCCCUCAUAUUUGCCAGCCUUCUCCUCAGAGAACGCCAGUUAUACUGCAGGCAGGCACCUCCAAAGCUGGUAAAGAAUUUGGUGCAAAGAACGCAGAAGCUAUCUUUGUAGCCGGUCACAAUCCGUCUGUCGUCGCGAAAAAUAUCUCUGAGAUUCGAACUCUGGCAAAGGAGAAAUUUGGCCGCGAUCCCAAGAGCAUCAAGUUUCUUGCUUUACUCUGCCCCAUCAUCGGCAAAACGCAGGAAGAAGCAGACGCAAAGUACAAAGAAUAUCUUAGUUAUGGUUCAGAAGAUGGUGCUUCUGCUCUUUUCGGAGGCUGGACUGGCAUCGACCUUGCCCAAUACGGCGAUGAUGAAGAGCUUCGCCAUGUGCAAUCGAAUGCUGUCAGAUCGGCUGUAGAGGGAUGGUCAAAGGCUACGCCUGGUGUCGCCAAGUGGACGAAGCAUACUGUCGCUAACCAUAUCAAGGUCGGUGGUCUGGGAGCUACUGUAGUUGGCACACCAGAGUUUAUCGCGGAUGAAUUAGAACGAUGGGUUCAUGAGGCCGAUGUUGAUGGCUUCAAUAUCGCGUACCAUGUUUAUCCAAGGACGUUUGAGGAGGUCAUCGAGCACUUGUUGCCAGUGCUCCGGAAGCGAGGAUUGUUCUGGGAAGACUAUGCUGUGCCUGGUGGUACCUAUAGAGAGAACUUGUACGGCAAGGAAGGACUGGCUCGUCCUCCUCAGGAUCAUCCUGCGGCGGCUUUCCAUUGGAAAGCAAUUUAA